UGCACCCCGAGGGUGGCGCGCCCGGACCCGGCAUGAGCGGCGCGCAGCGGCCCGAGGGGGCCCCUGUCCCCCACAGCCGCGGCCCCUGCGGCGCUGACCGUGACCCGGGGGCCUCGGGCGAGCGAGGCCCGGCCGCCGUGGGGCCCGAGGGCCGGAUGCCGGUGGCCGCAGCCGGGCGCGGAGACGCUCGGGGCGCCGAGGCCGGCGGCGCGGACCCCGCGCGGGGCGCGAUCGCGCCGGCAGCUGCGCAGGAGCCGGCUGGAGUGGCGAUGGAAGGGGAGGAGGAGGCGGGGACGGAGGUGAGGCCGGAGGAGCCCGCGGGUGAGGACGUGGGCUUGCCGGAGGAGAGUGCAGGGGUGAGGGCGGCGGUGCUGCAGGCGGAGGGGGAGGCGGCCGGGCCCUGGCAUCUGGGCAUCAAUCUCCGCAUGAACCCGCUGGAGGCCAUCCAGCAGGAACUGGACACCGUGAAUGCUCAGGCCGACAGGGCCUUCCAGCACCUGGAGCAGAAGUUCGGGCGGAUGCGGCGGCACUACCUGGAGCGGAGGAACUACAUCAUUCAGAGCAUCCCGGGCUUCUGGAUGACUGCCUUCCGCAACCACCCCCAGCUGUCCGCCAUGAUCCGGGGUCAGGAUGCGGAGAUGCUGAGGUACGUCACCAACCUGGAGGUGAAGGAACUCAGACACCCCAAGACGGGCUGCAAAUUCAAGUUCUUCUUUCGGAGGAACCCCUUCUUCAGAAACAAGCUGAUCGUCAAGGAAUAUGAAGUUCGUUCAUCCGGUCGAGUGGUGUCCCUUUCCACCCCGAUCGUAUGGCGGAGGGGACAUGAGCCCCAGUCCUUCAUUCGCAGAAACCAAAACCUCAUCUGCAGCUUCUUCACCUGGUUUUCAGACCACAGCCUUCCGGAAUCCGACAGAAUUGCUGAGAUCAUCAAAGAGGACCUGUGGCCAAACCCGCUGCAAUACUACCUGUCACGCCACGGCAUCCGUAGACCCAGACGUCGCCCGGUGCGGGAGCCGGUGGAGAUUCCCAGACCCUUUGGCUUCCAGUCAGGCUAACCUUUGCCUUUGGAAACAGGGCCCUUCUCACCUGUGCUUGAGCAAAUGCAACAGGUGUGCAGUGUUUUUGAUUUUUUUUUUCCGCGUAACUUUCCUGCAUCUUGUGUCUGAAUAGACUCUCGCCUUCAAGAUUAAUACUGUGGACAUCAUGGCUGCUGUCACAUGGCCUCCAUGCUGUUCUGUAUUAGUAUCUGCUGGUUCAUCAUGGUUCAGACCCUUUCUAAGCUUAACUGCUGACACUGAAGAUCACACUGCUCGGACCCUGUUGUUUUCAGUCCGUUACCUGUUUGCAGCCACCUUUAUCUAGGGAGCCCCUUCUGUUUACCCGUUGAGCAUGUGGCAAUAUGGACGCCAAGUUUGCCUACAAUUGCUGGGCAUUAAUGAUAUCGCAGGGGGACAGGGGUGGGCCACCUUCUGUGUGGCUUUUGUGACUUUUUCUGCUACCACGUAAUACUGCUUGCUGUUGCCUAUACCAAGCUCCCCUGGCGCUUGUCAAGGUUCCUCACCCUCUCCCACCUUCGUGUUACUUUAAAUAAAAAGAAGUAGUUCAGAAACGUCUGCAAGAUCAGCAUUUGUAGUCCAUUUAGGCUGGUAGCAUUUCCAGACAGGAUGCUCUGUCAGAGAGGCUACAGAACUCUGGCUGCCUCUUCUCCGCUCUUGCCAGCAUCCCCAGCCGGGUUAACAAGGCCUAACAGGCUUCUAGGGAGAUGGAGCUAGGUGGAAGCAGGCUAGAUCUUCCUUAUAAUACAUGGAGGAACUAAGGAGAUUGUGAUGCCUGCCCUAAGCAGGGAAAGUGAACUGAAAAGGGGUAGGAUCAGAUUAAGUCAGAUAAAAAUUGGGCUGACUGAGGGUGUUCAAGUCCAAUGGUGAUGUGAGGAGAAUAGAAAAAUUAUAGGAAGUUUUGAGUGCUAAAUGCUGCCUACAUAAUGGUUCUUCAAAGAAACAGUACAAGUUUGGGCUAUUUUCCUUUUUUUAUAUGUGACCUGCUGUAUCUGAAAGAGUAAUAUUGUGCCCAUAUUUUACUGACAUGUAGUAAAAUGCUACUUGUUUCUGUUUAAAAUAAAGUUAAAAUACUUUCUUUUUGACAAUACUGAGAUUUAAAUGAAUAUUCAUAACAAUUUUCAAUAUUAAUCUAAUUCUUAGAAAUGUAGUUUAGAUAAUUUGGUCUUUAUCAAGUUUGUCCAGUUAUUGUCUGUAUUGAAAAAUCGAUAAUGUGACUUGAUAUUGUUGGUAGUCUCUUUUAAAUUACGCAAUAGUUGUAAAAGUGUUCUGUCAAAUUAGAACUGUACCAUGAGGAUAUUUGUUGCCAUUCAUAUGCAAAAUGGUGAAUUAAAGCAUGGCACUCUCUUGGAUGUUCUAUUUUUCACCCUGA